CCACACAUGUUUUGACAGGACAAAUAUGAUACCUAGCUGGAUGCCUCAAAUUGGGAUGAAAUUUAAAUGUAGAACAGAGGCUUUGGACUUUUGGACUAGCUAUGGUGGACAUAUUGGUUUUGAUGUCAGGAAAAAUUAUGAAAACAAGAGCAAAACUGAUGGGGUGGUCACUUCUGCGAGAUAUGUUUGCUCAAAUGAGGGUUAUCGAGCAAAAGAUAAAAGAGAUCAUAAGACACGAUGUCCUCGUGCGGAAACAAGAACUGGUUGCAAAGUAAAGAUGGACAUCACAUUAGAUCGAGAAGUAGGGGAUUACCAAAUCCAGAAUUUGGAUCUUGAACACAACCAUGCUCUUCAAUUGCCAGGAACACGCCACCUGAUGCCGUCACAGCGUAAGAUAUCAGCUCUACAAGCUUUUGAAAUUGACACUGCAGAUGCUUCAGGAAUACUUCCCAAAGCUGCACAUGAGCAAGCAAGCCGGCAAGUUGGUGGAUCAGCAAACUUGGGAUAUUUGCGCCGUGACCACAAAAACUACUUGCGUACAAAGCGUCAAAGGGAGUUGGUGCAUGGCGAAGCCGGAAGUAUGCUGAAAUACUUUCGAGACAAAGUUCGGGAGAACCCUUCAUUUGAGUCUGCAUUACAGCACGACUGUGAAGAAAAAAUAGCAAACAUCUUUUGGGCUGACGCUAGGAUGAUCAUUGACUAUGCUCUUUUCGGUGAUGUUGUGACCUUUGACACUACUUUUGGUACAAACAAAGAGUACAGACCUUUUGGGAUCUUCGUCGGAUUCAACCAUUUUAGAGAAACUGUGAUUUUUGGUGCUGCUCUUCUAUAUGAUGAAACAUUUGACUCUUUCAAAUGGCUAUUUGAAACAUUUUUAUCUGUUCAUAAGAACAAACAACCCAAAACUAUCUUCACCGAUCAAGAUACCGCCAUGGGAAAUGCAAUUGAGGUUGUAUUUACAGAAGCAUGGCAUGGACUGUGCACUUUUCACAUAAUGCAAAAUGCUGUGAAACAUUUGCCUCCUCCCAAGAAAGAUGAAACAAAUGUGCUUUCGGAUUUUAGUGCUUGCAUGUAUGGGUACGAGGAUGAGGAAACAUUUGAAGAAGUUUUCCAUGUCAUGAGAAGCAAGGUGGAUACACAGACUUGGUUGGAUAGCAUUUACAAAGUAAAACAGAAGUGGGCAAAUUGUUACAUGAGGAAUGUUUAUACACUAGGAAUGAGAAGCACACAAUUAAGUGAGAGCUUGAAUAGUGACUUGAAAAAACAUUUGAAGUCGGACCUUGACAUAUUGCGUUUUUUCAAGCAUCUAGAGAGAGCCAUCCAAGGAAAGCGAGAUAACGAGUUAAAUUCAGAGUAUGAGUCUCGGAAAAAGUUACCUAGACUGAAAGUGAGAACUCCUAUGUUAUUGCAGGCAAGCAAAGUUUACACUCCAAAUAUAUUUGAGAGUUUUCAGAAUGAAUAUGAAAGGUCCAUGUCAGCAUACAUCAAGGCAGUAGGAGAACACAAUGAAUAUAUAGUUGCAAUUGGAAGUCUCGACAAUGAAUCAACAUUUGAAGAAGAGUGCAGAGUUGUAGGUAAUUAUUCAGAGCAAUUGGUUACAUGCAGCUGUGGGCAGUUUGAAAGAGCUGGUAUACUUUGCAGUCAUGCUUUAAAAGUCCUUGAUGUGAUGAAUAUUAAGUCACUUCCAGAACGAUAUAUAUUGAAGCGAUGGACUCGAGAAGUUCGAAGUGUUUCUAUUGAGGACAGGCGUGGCAAUAUUGUUUUGGAGGACCCUAGGUCUGAACAUAGUCAGCGCUUGAAGUUUCUCAUUAAAAAAUUUAUUGGUAUAGCUUCUCGAGCAGUGAAGUCCGAAGAAUCUAGCACACUGUUAGAUAAUGCUCUCGAUGACUUCAGCAAGCGAGUUGAUGAAAAAGCUCCUAGCUGUAUGUCCAAUGUUGAAGCUACGCUUGAACAACCAGAUGUCCAGUUGCAGAGUGCAUGCCUAAAGAAAAAGGAACCUCAGAAGAAAACUUCAAGGCGAAAGAGAACUUGGCUUGAGAAGCAGCGCCCCCGUAAAAAGAAAAAGGAAUCAAGUAAAGAAGUACCACAUGAAGAAUUUGGUUCUAGAGAGGGGGAAGAAAUAGCACCACUACAAGACCCAAUUCCUCUGAUGCCAACCAGUAGAACAAAUGAGAAUGGGUUUGAGGAAUAUGGGUGUAUCCCGAGCUACACCCAACUACUCCUGGGCUCUAGCACGGGGCAGAACAUACCUGAUGAUACUUGGAACUUUGGAAACAACACAUAUUUUACUGGCUGGCCAAAUUAGCUUCAUACAUACUGAAAUAAAUAAGCAAGAUCUCAUGUGCAGUACCAAACUAUGUACUUAUUUUGAGAUACAAAUGCUC